CCGUGAUCAUCCACAUUCCACUCUUCGGCCUCCCCAAUCUUGCACAAGGCCCGCCCCUUCAAUCGCCCAAGUUGAGGAAAAGGGAAACGUUUAGAAAAUGGCGAAUACAUUUCCGCGCCUUCCGCCGUCCGGCAUCAAGGUGAUCAUCGUCGGCGCGGGCUUCGCUGGGCUGUCGGCAGCCAUCGAGUGCGACCGCAAGGGGCACUCGGUGACGCUAUUCGAGAAGGUUGACGAUAUUGACGAAAUCACGCGCAUCGGCGACAUCAUCAGCUUCGACCCCAAUGGUUCGCGGGCAUUUGAGCGCUGGCCGGGGGUGGUUGACGCUAUGGAGGCCAUCGCCCGCCAGACCACCUGGCUCGACUUGUACCACCACGAGGGCAAGUUCGUGACCCGCCAGUCAUUUGCCCACGAGAAGGCUUGGGGGCGACGGAUCAACGGCCACCGGGGUCAGCUGCAUAGCAUCAUCUAUCGGCAUGCCGUUGCGAGAGGGAUCGAUAUCCGGCUCGGGUCGCGGGUGGAGGAUUACUUUGAGACCGACUACCCUCCGCAAGCGGGCGUGGUGGUGAACGGGGAGCGUUUCUCGGCCGACGUGGUCAUCGCUGCCGAAGGGGUGCGGUCGCGCGGGAGAAAGAUUGUGCUGGGCUUCGACGAGAACCCCAAGUCGUCGGGUUAUGCUGUUUACAGAGCCUGGUUCCCCGCCGACCGCAUCCGGGACAACCCGGUGAUCCGGCACUUGGUGACCGACGGGGAUUCGCACAUGGGGUUUAUCGGACCGGAUAUCCACUUCCUGGCGUCGAGCAUCAAGAACGGGACCGAGGUGAACUGGGUGUUUACACAUAUUGACGAUGGGAACAUCGAGGAGAGCUGGCAGUUUCCGGGUAAGCCGGAAGAGGCGCUCAAGUACCUGGAAGGGUGGUGCCCUGUGGUGCACGAACUUGUCAAGUCAACCCCCGACGGACGGCUCAUCGACCACAAACUCGUCUACCGCGAUCCCCUCCCGACGUUCAUUUCACCAAAGGCUCGGAUUUGCUUGAUAGGCGAUGCAGCACACCCCUUCCUACCGACCUCUAUCCAGGGUGCAAGCCAGUCGAUCGAGGAUGGAGUGGCACUGGCGACGUGCUUGGAGCUGAGCGGGGACAAGGACAUUCCCAGGGCGCUGCGGGCAUACGAGAAGUUGAGGUAUGAGAGGGUACACCGCGCGCAGGCCAUGGGUCCGCAGACGAGGGAGCGGUGGCACAAAGCGGAUUGGAAUAAGGUGUGGAAGAACCCCGAGAUGAUCCACUUGGUGCGGGAGCAGUGGCUGCUCAAUUUCGACACGGAGAAGGAUGCGUAUGACCGGUAUGGGGAGGUUGUGGCCGAGCUGGAGCGGGCAAAGGCACGGCUUUAGGGGAGGGGGAAGGAACAGGGGAGUAAACACUGCUAGCAACAAACACAAGUACAAAUCCCAGUCCAU